GAUCGCAUAAUAUUGAUCGCAAGUUUCAUCGCGUGUAGUAUCUUUCUUGCUUUGUUCUCUAUGUGUUUUGUGUUUAGUCUUCCGGCGUAGAGUGGGAUGACAUGGCCGGCGAAUUUAUUUGGUGUUUGAAGUAUCGCGUUAUAUUUGUAAUCGGUUUUUUCGGGUGCCCGUAUGUGCCAACUUGAAAUGUUUGUGCAUACUAUGCAGGUCAGAAAUAUUGUGGACAGAAGAAUUGGGCGACUUGUUUAGCGAGUGCACUUUUUCGCUACCACAGAUCGUAAAGUGAAUUUCGGAUAAAGUGCUAAAAGCAGCUAAGCUCUUCAGUCAGUUGAAGUUUCAUUAGUCCCUGGGGCCAAGAUUUGAGGAGUUCAUCAAAUGGUUGUAACUACAAGAUAAUUGCUUUUUCAACUGAAUUGAGGAAAUGUAAAUUGUUGUCAAUGUGGCUGGAGCACUGGCAAUUACUGUUUCUCGAGGUAGAUCUGUUCAAGAAAAAGUUACUCAAGUUAAUUUUGUAAUGGAAGUAACAGAGUGAAUAAUGUGGUAAUCUUUUGACAGUGCACAAUGGCUAACUGCAGUUUCUUAAUAAAUGGUAACAUGAACAUGAACAUUGCUUAAUUCGAAUGUGUGACAAGAUAUUAUUUGGGUACAUGCCUGAAGAAGAAUGUAAUCUGAUGACUGCCAUUACCUGCAUUGAUGAAGCUCAUGCACCUGUCGUCUGCAGAAUGGUGGAAUUUUUUUCACAAAAAUAACUGGUGGUGGAAUAUUGAUGUACCAUGAUCCAAAGGAACUUCUAAGUAAUUCCUAAUAUUGAUACAGAGCAAUGAAGGCAGUCAUACCAAGUAUGAAGCAGAGACAACAUAGUAUGAUGAAAUAAGUGGUUUUUAUUCAGAAAGCUGUAUAAUUUGAAGACUAUCUGUAUUUGCUAAUUGCAUUAAUUACCGAAAGCACAAACUGCUCUGUAGCCCUGCAUUCAUGAUGAUGGCGGAUGAGAGCACCGGUCGCGGCACAGUGUACUUUGAGGUACACGUUGCUAUCAAUUUUGUCACAUCUUUCAUGAACAAGGUUGUCCCACAAGGCCGAGUAAAAAUUUUUGGUGAGGCUCUUGCAAGGGCAUUAAUGAACAAAUAUGAAGGGCAUUGGUUCCCAGAGAGUCCUCUAAAGGGCUCAGCAUAUCGUUGUUUUGAAUUUGGGGCCUAUAUUGAGCCUGAACUGAAAUUUGCUGCUAGGCAGGCAGGACUACGUUGUCGAGAUGUAUUGAUAUGUGUUCCCUCAGAAAUGUCAAUUUGGGUGGAUCCAGGGACAGUAAGCUACCGUAUAGGUAUUGAGGGCCCUGUGAAACCUGUGCUCAAUGAAUCUGGAUGUGUUGUUACAUGUUUCUUUGAUCCUGAUGUGGAAGAUCCUGAACCUGACCCACCUGGUAACUCAAAAGCUGUAAGCUCUUGUGAGGAAACAGAAACUGUGGAAAAGAGCAGACCACGAAAAUUUACUCCAAAGCGUGGAAAGGCCAAGCUGUCAGUAGCAUAUGAAGAUGACUUAAAAUUUGUUGCUAAGAAUGGCGGUCUUGACUCAGCGACAGACUAUGAUGACCUUGAGCCCCUUGAGCCAUAUUUCACCGCUGAAGACAUGAAGUCUGGAAUUUUAUGUGAAGAUGAAGAACUUACCAGUAAUCAGUUGAAAUCUUCUGAUGAACCUGCUUAUGGCAACAGUCGUCGCAGACGUUCUAGGAGGUCAAAAAAAAAAUCACCAAAUAAACCCGGUAACAGUAAUGGGAAUAGAGGCCGAAACAGUGGUAAGAGGAGACAGAGCAAUGACAGUAAUAAUAAUAGUAAAAUCUGCAGUAAUAAUUAUCAAAACAGCAGUGGUUCGGCCAGUGGCAGUGGUAGCAGCAGUGGUGCAAGCAGCAGUGGUACGAGCAUUGGUGGCAGUACUACCAGCACCAGCGCUAGCAGCAGUGGCACCAGCACAAGUGGCACCAGCUGCAGCAGCAGCAGCAGCAGCAGCAGCAGCAGUAGCAGUGGCGCUAGCAGCAGUGGCAGUGGCAGCAGUGGCGGUGCCAGCAGCAGCAGUAGCAGCAGCAGCAUCACCAGCAGCAUCACCAGCAGCAGCAGCCUCACCAGCAGUAGCAGCAGCAGCUGUGGUGCCAACAGUGGCAGCAACGUAAAUAGGAGUACUGCCGUGAGCAGUGGAAGAAACAACAGGGGCAGAAACAGCAGGGGCGGAAGCAGUAACAGCAAUGGUAACAGCAAUCCAAAUAACACUAACACCAGCUCCAACAGCAGUCGCAGCAGUAACCAUCACCGCAAUAGGAAUGUUUUGCAGCACCAGUCCAUUGUCAUCAGCAACUCGUCUUAUUCGUCAAGAGUUUGAGGCAGUUGAACUUCUUUAUCAAAAUUAUCAGUAUUUCUAUUGGAUAUCUUCCAGUCAGUCACACUCACGGUCAGAAAACUGUAAUCUACAAAGAUUGAAACUGAGGAAUGGUCUCGUGUAAUAUCAGUGACUACAGCCACUUUAUCUGCACACAUGAUUUUACAAAGGAUUUCAGGACUGCGAUCAGGGUGAUGUUGAUUAAAGGCAGCAACAGAUGAGUGAAGGAUGAUUUUAGAACACUGGAUUUGACCUGUUCACUAUAUGUGCAUUGUCAGUAUUGCAGCUGUGUGUAUGGGACACCAAACAACCUACAGCAAGUAGUGUCUUGUCCCCCACAGCCACCUUUCACAGCUAGAGCAAGUUGCUUUGUGUGUCCUCAAGUCAGUGGAACAAAUAUUUAAAUGAACAUAAUGUGUCCCUUGUGUCCUAUACAUGACAUAAUCACGUAAUGGGAAAUCAAAUGAUGCAUGUGCGGUGUGCAACCUGACACCUUGUAAGUCAGUUGCAGUGGGAGUAUCAUUGUCAGUGCCAUUGACAUGCAUAACUUUGUUUGUAGAAGUACAUCCAGUACACCAUACAGUGCAACUGUGAACAUUGUUUGCUAGUUUACAUGUGAUUAAAAUGAUAUAUACAAAAUUGUGUGUAUUGAGACUGAUACCAUUAAAUGUUUCCCAUAAGUGUUAUGUAGCUAAAUUAUUUUUUCCAGUAACUGAAACUGUGUUGUAUUCAACAGUUCAUUUUAUUUCAUACAUCCAUUUUUUUUUAGUUCUGAGGGCAACAGCUUAGUUGGUUCUAAGCAAUUAUAAAUUCUUUUACAUUAAGAAGAGCCCAUUCAUUUUCUUUUGAUUAUACAGCAAAAGUAUUUUUAAAAAGUAUACUUUGAGCUGUAUAUGUUGUUGUUACAUUUGUGAAUACACGUGUUUAGCUUUGUGGCAAAUGUAUGAUGUUUAUUCGGAACUACUGCUAAUAAAUAUUUAAUGCAUGUAGAUAAAUAUGUUUUCGCAGUUGUUGUGGCUAAACGUACAACAGUUUCAAUGAAUCAGUGGGUCUGUACUCAGAAACUUCUAUGUUAUCAGUUACCAUUCCAUAUCCUCUAAAAUGUUGAAAUUUGUGUCUUUUACUGUAUUGAUGUUCAUUGAUGUGUCUCUUACAUGUAAUUGGUGUUAGUUCCAUACUAUGCUAUGCAGAAUGUUGAUGAUUGUUAACACAAAAGUCAUUGGCAGCACAGAUUCUGUGAGAAUUAACAGUUUAUAGUUAUAACUACCACUAAGAGUUUGACAUAGCUUUUUUUUUUUUCAAUGAUCUUGUGCUGUCUGUCUUUUGUUGAAGAACAGAACUUGAUGGCAGACUGUGGAAUUAUUCUGAUUUGCUUGUGAUGGAGUACUGUCUAUUUCUGCUGUUAAAAGGAAGUGAAAUAUACAGACUUUUCUGAAAUGUAA